AUGCGUCAUGAGCGAGCAAUGGCUCCCGUGUUAGUCCCUCUGGAGGACACCACGUCGGAGCAUCGGCUUCCAACGACUUACGCGGAGGUAUUGGAUUCCGUACGACAGGUUAUACCGGUUCGUGCUCCUGUGUCACCUCGUCGCCAAGGGCGGCGUGAUCGUGUUUGUCCUCCUUUGUCGUCACCAUCUCUUAAGCCGGCGUCUCCAUUCGAGACCCUCAUUGUCGUUAACAUGACUGUUGCUGGUCCUAGCAGCCAUUUGGUACAGGUCGCGAAGGGGAGAGAUCGAACAAUUUUUCCAGUCGUUCCGAAUCCCGAUCUCAUCAACCACGAGCAUCCAGAAGAGAUGGAACAGAAGUCCGCACGCGAGGAAAAAUUUGCGGCGCAUUUUGGAAGGAGCUUGCUGCGUCAAAGAAUCCUGUUCUCGCGCUUGCGCGCGAGCUUGCCAAUGUCUUUCCUGACGCUACCCCCUGCCACAUCAGGGCUUGGUGGUGGAGAGAUAGCCAAAGGCUUAGCUGAUAUCAGCUCUGUUGCGAUACGCAAAAAGGUGGAAGGGUUUCUGUCAACGCGUUUUGACGAAUUACGUCGCAUCAAAGACGCUAUGGCUGAAAGCCAGGAUGUUCAGAAGGAACAUGCGGAUGCCAAAGGCAGGAAGAACGAACAUGAGUUCAAAGUGGGAGACUUGGUUUUACUAAACGCUAGGAAUUUACCGACAAAUGCAGUGUCUGCGGUAUAUAAAACCAAACUGCGUCCACGCUUUAUUGGACCUUUAAAGGUCAUAAGCGCCAAAGGUUUAGCCUAA